AAGCAUUCUGAAACCUACUGUACAAAUAGAAACUCACCCUUCUCCAUAUGAUUUUAAGAAGAACAAGAAACCACACCGACACCAGCUAGUGUUUUAUUAUUAACCAAUGGACCUUCUGGAUAUCCUCAUACUGGUCUUCACCGCGCUCCUCCUCUGCUUGUGGUGGCGGUACUCCUCCACCAAUGUCGCCAAGAACCUCCCCCCGGGUCCACGGGGGUGGCCGCUCGUGGGAAACCUGGCCCAAGUCAUCCUCCAGCGCCGGGCCUUCAUCUUCGUCGUUCGUGAUUUACGGAAAAAGUAUGGCCCCAUCUUCACCAUGCAAAUGGGCCAGCGUAAGCUGGUCAUAGUGACAAGCUCAGAGCUCAUCCACGAAGCCCUCGUGAAGCGUGGCCCGCAGUUCGCAACUCGGCCACCCGACUCGCCUAUCCGUCUGAUCUUCAGCGUGGGGAAAUGUGCCAUCAACUCCGCCAUGUAUGGUCCCCUAUGGCGCACCCUUCGCCGGAACUUUGCCAACGAGCUGGUAAACCCGAUGAGAAUCAGACAGUGUGGAUGGAUCCGAAGGUGGGCAAUGGAGAACCACAUGGAGAGGCUGAGGAGAGAAGCCCUAGAGAAGGGUUUUGUUGAGGUUAUGAGCAACUGUAGGCUCACUAUCUGUAGCAUUCUCAUAUGCCUAUGUUUCGGUGCAAAGAUCUCCGAGGAUCAAAUUAAGAACAUCGAGAGCGUGCUCAAGGAGGUGAUGCUUAUGACUGCCCCGAAUAUCCCUGACUUCUUCCCCAUUCUGACACCGAUUUUCACCCGCCAGCUGAGGGCAGCGAAGGAUCUGAGGAAGCAGCAGAUGGAUUGCCUGGUCCCGCUCAUACAAGCCAGAAAAGCCUUCUUGGAGGAUAGCAGUGGCGGCGGAGGGGAUAUCGAGAUGGCAAGCCCAGUGGGGGCGGCCUAUGUGGACUCACUCCUUGCCCUCAAGCCACCGGGGAGAGAAGGUGAUUGCCUUGGAGAGGAGGAGCUUGUCACAUUGUGUUCCGAGGUCAUCAGUGCGGGGACUGACACAAGCGCUACGACCCUCGAGUGGGCCUUGCUCCACCUUGUCCAAGAACAAGAGAUCCAAGAGAAGCUAUAUAAGGAAAUUGUGGGCCGAGCAGGGAGGAACGGCCCGAUCACCGAGGAGGACGUGGAGAAUAUGGCCUACCUAGGAGCGGUGGUGAAGGAGACUUUUCGACGCCACCCCCCAAGCCACUUCCUCCUGUCGCAUGCGGUGACCGAGGAGACGGAGCUGGGUGGCUACACAAUCCCAGCAGAUGCUAAUGUGGAGUUCUACACUGCAUGGGUGACUGAAGACCCGGCCCUGUGGAAAGGGCCAGAUGAGUUCAGGCCCGAUAGGUUCCUAGAUGGGGACGGCGUUGAUGCGGACGUCACUGGAGCCAAAGGGGUCAGAAUGUUGCCCUUUGGCGCAGGUCGUAGGAUUUGUCCUGGGAUGACUCUAGGCACGCUCCAUGUUCACUUGAUGCUAGCCAGGAUGGUCCAGGCUUUCAAAUGGUUUCCGGUUCCCGACGACCCACCCGACCCAACAGAGACCUUUGCCUUCACCGUCGUGAUGAAAAAUCCCCUCAAGGCAGUUAUCGUCCCUAGGUUUAGUUGCCGCUAGUUAGCUACCUAAACAGACUAUUAACUCCGUACCUAGUCGAAAACCUAAUAGCACAUGGGUACGAAAAUAUAGAUAUGCCGGCCCCUUAAUGCGAUAUUGGUGUGAACCUUUAGCUAAGCCUAUAAUAUUAUACUUAUGUAAUUGUGUCCAUUUCAAAGCAUGUUUACAUUAGUUAUAAAUUCAAGAUGCAGUAUAACUGCACCCUACGUACGUUAAACCAUUAUCUUCGAUCGA